GUUUUUUUCUUUUAAUGUCAACUAUCUUUGUGUCUCGUUUAAUUUUGGUUUAUACACAUAGAGAAAUGUAUUACAUUUGCCUUGUCAUUACUUGUUGUUCUGUUCUUUCAUUUAGUCAAGUUAGUAUGCUAUGGCUAAGUAGUUGUGUGUUUUUAUUCUUCAGGGUUCCCUCAUCAACAAGAAUUAUACAUUGAUAUUGAGGGGUAUUUCUUCAGGACUGUGUCAGCACGAUGUAGACACCAUUAAAUGACUCAUUUGCUUGUUUUUAACAAAGUACAUGUCAAAUGUGCUGGGAGAAAAUAAAGACGCACACGUCAAAUGUGUUGGGAGAAAAUAUUACAUCUAAAAUAGAGUGAUUAGAUAACGUUCAGCUCCAUUAUAUGAAAAGAAAAACGUCACGGACAGGAUUCGAACCUGUGCGGGGAAACCCCAUUGGAUUUCGAGUCCAACGCCUUAACCUCUCGGCCACCGUGACGAUAAAUCGCGUUUUUGGUAUACUUUCUGAAAUCGUUAUUACCGGGUUACUAACUGUGGGAACUAUUCGGCGUUCUUAAAAAAAAAAAAAAAAAAAACUAUUUACAGGUAUUCGGGGUGCACUUACCUGAUUCGGACGCGGGAGGGAGACAAGCACCGCGACAACACUCCACCGCCUCGACUGCAAAUAAAAGAACUCCGUUUUUAGCUACGUUUCAAUUGCUUACGUAAAAAGCUAGAAAGGGUAUGUGUCAAGCAAAUUGGCUUAUCUUUUACUCAACCAGAACUUAUUCUUCAAAACUCUCUUGCUGUCAAUUAACCGGCGGUUUAUAUCGGAGGUCUGAGCCACAUUCUUGCAACUAGUCAACUAACGUCGGUAGACGUCCAAUUGUUGAACCAAUGGGCUUUCAGUCAAAAUAGAUUAGACGUCUAGCGCCGUCAAUUGCCCAGGGCCGUAUUCCAACAAUACUGUCAAUGUGAAUGCAUGUAUUAAUGUAAAGUGACCAACGUAAAGAACUGACUGCCCACACCAGUACAUUUCACGCAAAAAUAUAGGCAAAAUUACUGUCAAGCGCAACGUCAAACAAUGGAUUCACUAAAGUACCAAGUAGAACUAUUAACUUUAUUGUCUCUUCUCUGCUAGUUUGUGAUUUGGUGUGCAUACCUGUGUUGCCUUCAUGUACUCUCGUAGUAAUGGUAAAUACCAUAUCUCAAAUCGAAAAUUGCAAGUGACGCCCCCUGAAGUAGUAUUUUCCACUGGGGAACUAGGUAUAUCGUAUGUUGAUACCCGAGUUUCCAAGAUAAGAAAACCAUUUAGCUUUCAAAAUGGUGGCGAGAGAACAAGCAGUUGUGAAUGGUAUGAAAGUGUUUUAAGAGCUUUAUCGUCAGUUUGCCCGUUGUUUUGGCGCCUGCAUAUUAACAUUGUAAACAGACAUAUAUAAUUCUUAUUUUUCAACCAGUUGGUUGCCAAACUUUAAAUCAAACUUAACGUUUGCAUUUUGAUAAAUCCUCUUGUUGAAGUAAAAAUGUCUAAAACUCCCAGAGCACUUGAAGGCAGCAUUUGACGCAAUCAUCCCAGCCGCUCUCCUGAUUGGCUCUUAACCCGGAGCUGUGUUAGGAUCUUAAUUAGGAUAUGUUCGGACUUGUGUUAGAAAUCGGGUUGGCAAUUAGUUAAAUGGUGUCCAAAAUAAAUUGAGAAAAGAGUCAACGAUGAUGGGAUUCGUACCCUCGAGAAAAGAGUCGACGAGGAUGGGAUUCGAACCCACGCGUGCAGAGCACAAUGGAUUAGCAGUCCAUCGCCUUAACCACUCGGCCACCUCGUCUGGUUGCCGUGGACAGCCUUCUCAACCCCCGUCUGUUCCUGGACUUCUCGACGGCACCACAUCCGUCCCUGGCCUUCUCUACAGCGUCCCAGCCGUUCCUGGACUUCUCUACAGCGUGCCGUCCGUUCCUGGCCUUCUCAUCAACGCGGCGUCUGCUCUUGGUCCUUCUGACGACUUCAAUCCUGUACCUGUCUCUCUGGCCACUGCUGACAUCGCUCCAGCGCCUGUGGAAGUCUCCGAGGUCGCUCCACUGUCAGCGCUUGCAAACGCCGACGACAAUGUCUCUCAUGUUUCGCCGCUUCUAGAUGACCAGGACAUCACUACAACUCAGUUUUUGGUGCUUCCCUUGCUUCUGCUUGGUUUCUUCCAUCAGUCGCCACGGCAGAGCAACUACGACUCUUCUCCAGACUCGACUGGGUGGCACUGCAUGCCGCGUUUCUUGACCUCGACCCCUUGUCCCGUCCAGUCGUCCAACGCCUGGCAUCCCAUUCGGUCGGGUUAUGCCUGGCGUCCUUGGGAGUGAAUUUCUGGGGGGGGGGCUGUGUAGCAAUCUUGAUCAAAUAGGAUAGUUUGUGAACCAAAACUAAAAUUUGCUUGUA